CUUACUUAAUCAUAACAUAACCUUAAAAAAUGUAUAUCUUACGGAAAUUAUCAAAAUUAAUAAUUGUUUCCCAUACUAAACGAUAUUUUUGUACAGAUUUAAGUAAAUUUAAGCCUCCUUAUAAAGUAUUAUUCUUCGGUACGGAUCAAUUUUCAUUAGAAAGCCUAAAAGCUCUAACUAUUGAAUGUAGAAAAAAAGUAAUUAUAGAUCGUUUAGAAGUUGUAACCACAUUUAAAAGCAAACCAAAUAAGAUUUAUUCAUUUAGUGCUCAAGAAAAUAUAAUACUUCAUCAAUGGCCUUUAACGAACGAAAUUAAUGGUUUCGAUUUGGGUUUGGUGGUUUCCUUUGGAUAUUUAAUACCGGAAAAAAUUAUAAAUUCAUUUCCAUUAGGAAUGUUAAAUGUUCAUGCAAGUUUAUUACCACGUUGGAGAGGAGCGGCCCCUAUUAUUUACGCUUUAGCAAAUGGUGACGCAAAAACAGGAGUUUCAAUUAUGAAGGUAAAACCAAAACAUUUCGAUAUUGGGGAGAUUUUAAAUCAAGCUGAAAUUGAAAUUUCUAGUGACACAACUCAAGUUAAUUUGUAUAAAAAUCUAUCUGAACUAGGAGCUAAAACUUUAAUUGAAACAUUGUAUAAUUUACAUAAGUUAAAGGCUCAAAAACAAAGUGAAAUAGGGGUGACAAAUGCUCCAAAAAUAAAAAGUAAUUUCGCCAAUGUUAUCUUUAACAAAAUGAUUGCAAUCGAUGUUUAUAAUUUAAGCCGUGCUUUAGAUGGUUUAUAUCCUUUAAAUACGAAAUGUGGAAAUUUACCAAUUAAGCUUUAUAAUGUAAAGUUGUGUUCAUAUAAAAAUAAUUCAAUAGUACCCGGUGGAGUGGUUUAUGAUAAAAAAGAUAAAACUCUCAAAAUAAUGUGUUCCGAUCAUAACUUUAUUAGUGUUAAAUCGUUGGGAAUUGUUAACAAAAAGAUAAUGAAUGCCGAAGAGUUUAAUAAUGGGUAUUUAAGAAAAAUCCCAAAUAAACUGUUUUGUUAAUUAAAUUAUAAAAUUUUUUAAAAAUUGAUUUAUGUCAAAUA